CACAGCUUAAGCUACCUAGGUAAUAAACCUACAUCAUCCUCAGUCAACACUGUCACUCAGGUUGGCAUUAGACCUUAGGGUUCCAGAGCAUGAUCUAUAUUCUAUACCUCUAGCUUGAUACAAGUAUGGCUAACUCAGACUACACUGGCGGCGGAGCGGGAGCGAGAGCGAAUAGCCAGCAGCGAACCCGCAGCUCAAGCUCAGUCCCCCCUGACUCACCAUCAACUCAAAACCAGAUGCCGCUUCCUCAUUACUUCAUCGUCCGCCCAGGGAGCACGAAGAUCACGGCGUCGGGCACAGUAACGACGCCCGGACCUAUCGUGCCUCUUAUCGCGGUGGACCAACUGCCCGAAUGGCUCGAACUGUCGGGGGUACCGCGAGAACUCAGCGUCGAGCAGACCGUGGGUCUCAGGAACCUAGGAACUGUGCCUCGACAUCCCGGCUUCUACAAGGUGUUCAUGAAUGACAGCCUCCAAGGUACACCAGCUCCUCGCAAGAAUGAUGAUCAUCACGUACAGACGGAACAGAACGCCAAUAACAACAUAACCGCAGCAUCCACCAGCGCCUCACCGCCGCCUCCAACAACAGCGUUGCCAUCGCCCACACCAGCGGAGGAAAUAUCAACGCCAAGCCUGCGAAUCGACCCAGUGGUCUCUGAGUUCCAUUCAUCCACUACACCCGUAGGCCCUACGCCGCCCUUAUACCCGAUCCUCCACGCGCCCGAGCCAGCGUACUCUCCUUCCUCCUACCACACGCCCCCUAUACCCCCUCCCCACUUCCUCCCAUCCUGGCACCCCCCUUCCUCCCGCAAGCCCACGACGAAGACGACCAGGACCACGACGCUCCGCCCCGGAACCAGCAGUCGCGGCCACAGCCACACGAGCGGCAGCCCGUCGAGCACGUACUGCAAGCACUGGUGCCACCGCGGCACGUGCCGCUGGGGCGCGCAGUGCCGCUACGCGCACGAGAUGCCGGCGACGGCCGCGGGGCUGCGCGACGUCGGGCUCGCGCACCACCCGGCGUGGUACACGACGGCGGUGAGCAUGGCUUUCGGGCCGGGGGGUUUCGUCAACGCCAACGCCAACGCCAACAGCACCGGCACCGGCGUAGGAUGGUACGUCCACCAAUCCGCUGCUGGCACGCCCCGGUAUCACGACCAGCGGGGCGGGGAGAGGAGUAAGGUGGAGAAGGAGAAGGAGAAGGAGAAGGAGAAGGAGAAGGAGAAGAGGGACAGGGCUAAGGAGAAGGAGAAUAAUAAAAGCGCGGGAGCGGGAGCGGGAGCGGGGAAGGGCAAGGAGAAGGGCAAGGAAAAUGAGAAGGAAUCAGAUAGUAAGAGCAAACCCGCCACGGCGUCAACGGAGCCAGAAGCAAAUGAGGAGAGCAAGGGCGACGCUACUACGGAAGAGAAAGCCAGUGCUGCAGCUAGCGACGAGGCGCAAACUCGACCGGAGAAAGUCGAGAAGUUAGUUGAGAUCUAAACAGGAUCCGGAAGAAACUGUUCGAGUCGAGCUGUGUUAAUUCUUGCGACUGAUGAUGUUUCUUGUAAUAAACAAGGCGAAU